AUGACUCUCACAAUUGGGGUGCUUGCCUUACAAGGUGCAUUCCAUGAACAUGUGCAGCUGCUAAAGAAGGCCACUGAGCAAGCACCUCCCUCGGAGUGGGAUUUCAUUGAAGUACGAACCCCACAGGAACUAGCAAGAUGCGAUGCUCUAGUCCUGCCCGGCGGAGAAAGUACCACUAUGUCACUAGUGGCAGCGAGGUCCGAUCUCCUAGAGCCCUUGAGAGAUUUUGUCAAGGUGCAUCGCAAACCAACAUGGGGCACCUGUGCCGGUCUCAUUCUGCUCGCUGAGUCGGCCAAUCGCACCAAGAAGGGCGGUCAAGAGCUGAUUGGGGGGCUGGAUGUUCGAGUGAACCGCAACCACUUUGGUCGACAGGCAGAGAGCUUUCAAGUUCCGCUGGAUUUGGCCUUCUUGGGUCAAGAUGCAUCGCCCUUCCCCGCAGUCUUCAUCCGUGCCCCAGUGGUUGAGCGCUUGUUGCCCCACCAUGAGGGCAUUCAGGUGGAGGAGGAGAAGCGGGAGGAGACUGUUGUAGCACCAUCCCGGCCGGCAAAAGACUUGGCGACGACAGCCAGUAACGUGGAAGUGCUGGCCACAUUGUCUGGACAGGCAGCUCGGUUAGCCACACAAGGACGAGAUAUCAGUCCCGAGGCAGAGGUUGGCGACGUUGUGGCAGUGCGACAGGGCAAUGUGCUGGGCACUAGUUUCCACCCGGAAUUGACAGGAGAUGCAAGAAUUCAUGCGUGGUGGCUGCGCCAGGUGCAAGAAGGCGUGCAAAGCAAAAGAAAAACAGAACAAUAA